AGCAAAUCGGAGCCCUGGCCGGGCAGCACAUUGUGCACGUGGCCUGCGGGGAGUCUCACAGCGUGGCCCUCAGCGACCAGGGACAGCUCUUCUCCUGGGGUGCUGGCAGUGAUGGACAGCUGGGCCUCACCACUAUAGAAGACGCAGUGACGGUACCAAGGUUGAUAAAGAAAUUGAACCAACAGACAAUACUUCAGGUUUCCUGUGGAAAUUGGCAUUGCCUGGCUUUGGCAGCAGAUGGCCAGUUCUUCACAUGGGGGCAGAACAGCUAUGGUCAACUGGGGUUGGGUAAAGAAUGUCCCUCCCAAGCCAGUCCACAACGUGUCAAGUCUCUUGAUGGGAUCCCUUUGGCUCAGGUUGCUGCAGGAGGAGCCCACAGUUUUGCCCUCUCUCUCUCAGGAGCUGUGUUUGGCUGGGGGAAGAACAGCUCAGGACAGCUGGGACUAAGUGAUGAACGAGACCGAGAAUCCCCUUGUCAUGUGAAGCUGUUGCGGUCUCAGAAGGUUGUUUACAUCAGCUGUGGAGAGGAACACACAGCAGUUCUGACAAAGAGUGGAGGGGUGUUCACGUUCGGUGCAGGUUCCUGCGGGCAACUGGGACAUGACUCCAUGAAUGAUGAAGUGAACCCCCGAAGAGUUCUUGAGCUGAUGGGCAGUGAAGUAUCCCAGAUUGCUUGUGGCAGGCGUCACACUUUAGCCUUUGUGCCUUCUUCAGGAAUGAUCUAUGCAUUUGGCUGUGGAACAAGAGGCCAGCUGGGAACAGGGCACACUUGCAAUGUUAAGUGUCCCUCUCCUGUCAAGGGUCACUGGGCAGCUCACAAUGGGCAACUCUCAGGGAAACCUG